UCCAGCCUCCACCUGCCCCUCUCGUUUUGUUCAGCCGACUGCUCCUGCUCUUGCUGCUCGGGCUCUUGACGCUUCUGAUUUGGUUUGGUAUCCUGAUUCAGGUGCCUCAGCCCAUAUGACUCCUCAUUCAGGAUUUAACAACGAGGGUGGUCUUUCUUCGAGCUCUCUGUGAUAAUGGUGUCUAUCCCAUCCAUCAGCCUGCUCCUCGACCUAUUGCUCUUUCUGCUGCGUCUCUUUCCAUUUGGCAUAAUAGAUUGUGGUACUCGUGUACUCGUGUGGACAUUGUGGUACUCGUGUAUUAGAUCAGCUCAGACUGAAUAAUUUUAUUUCUGGCACUUCUGCUGAUAUUUCUGAUUGUAUUCCUUGUCAUUUGGGAAAAUCUCAACGGUUACCAUUUCAUAAAGUUUUUCACAAUAGCCCAUGUGCUUUAUAUUUAAUUCAUUUUGAUGUCUGGCAGUCUCCUGUAACAUCUCAUCUUGGUUUCAAAUAUUAUGUUUGUUUUGUGGAUGAUUUUUCUCAUUUUACCUGGGUUUAUCCCAUGCGGCACAAGUCUGAGGUUACUACUCAUUUUCAUCAUUUUAAAUUAAUGGUUGAAAAUUUACUUGACCGCAAGAUUAAGAUUUUUCAGAGUGAUGGAGGGGGUGAGUUUGAUAAUUUUAGCAUGAGAAAUAUUUUUACUAAUCGUGGCAUUAUUUUUCAAAAAUCUUGUCCUAAAACUCCACAACAAAAUGGAGUUGCUGAGCGUAAGCAUCGGCAUCUACUUGAAUUGGCCCGCACUAUGCUCAUUACUGCUAGAUUGCCCGCUACUUUUUGGGUAGAUGCCGUUCUUACUGCCACCUUUAUCAUUAACAGAAUCCC